AUGAGCGAGGGCUGCACCCGGUGGCAGCGCGGCGGCUGGCGGCCCGCGCCCGCUGUAGGGGGCCUCCCAAGCGGCUUGUCGGAGUGGCGCGCGGGCGAGAUGGACACCGGUGGCACCUGGGAGCUGGACUGCCAGGGCAGCCACUACGCGCUGCUCGGGACCGGGGACUGUCGCGACGACCUCGGCCGGUCUGCCAACAUGUAUUACGAGCUCGACAAGCACACGGCCCUGACAUGCAAGUCCCAGUGCGACAUCGACCCGCAGUGCAUCGCGUACCACUACGUGCCCCCCAGCGUCGACCUCGAGCCCGGCCACGGCUCCUGCUUCGCCAGCGCCCCGUCCCGCCAGGCGGGCGAGCACCCCGGGGGCACGGGCUGGCUGUACAGGGCCGGCGACGGCGCCUCGGAGGUCACCACCACGCUGUUCGCCGGCGGCGACGAGCACGGCACGGGGUGGUGCUUCCUGAAGGUCGACUGGCAGGAGAGGGUUCUGACCCGCCCUGGUCGGGCAGCCCCCGUGACGCCGCGGAAGCAGAGGCCGCUGGCAGUGGGUCCUUCUCGGACCGCCUCGGGUUCGUCGCGGUCGUUGUCGCCAGCAUGA